UCGAGAACAACAGGAAUCAGUAAAAAAGCAACGCUUCCCCUUCCGCAUCUCAGUUCCCAAACCAGCGAAAAUCACCAUCACCCCUUCCACUUCCGGAUUGCAACAAAAAAAUCAUCCUACCUCAGCCAACGUCGACCAGGGCGUUGUCGAUCUCGCUGCUUCCUCCUAGUACACUACAUUGACAUGAAACAGGAGGGUGAAAAAAGGAAGAUUCUAGAUCAAGAGUAGCUAUAUAUUGACAAUGAUACCAAUGCAGGGUGAGCUUACUACAAUAUCUGAUCUUCGUCUAUCAACAACAAAUGCUGUUUUACAUGUAAGAGUAUCAAGGAUGUGGGAAUUCAGAGAGGGAGGAAAUGAAAAAGGGAAUAUAAAGCAUCUUGACUUGGUUCUCAUUGACCAGAAGGGUGAUGCAAUCUAUGCUGAAAUACCACCAGAUGUAAUACCAAUUUUAAAGCCUCAGCUGUGCGAAAAACUAAUCAUUUUCCUUGGCAAGUUUGUGGUUGAAAAAGCUAAACCUGGAUACAAGGUGGUGCAAAACCCAUAUAUGCUGAGGCUGAACAGAAGGACUACCAUUGCCAAAUCAAAUGCUCAUGAUAUGGAAUUGCCAAAGUACACAUUCUCAUUGACUCCAAUUGAAAUAUUGCCACAAUUUGUUAAAAAUAAAGAACGAUUCCUAGAUGUACUUGGAAAAAUCACCGCUGUCUCAAAUCCUGCAGUAGUGCGUAACACUGCAGGAGACCUCAUGAUGAGAAGAAUAAUAAAGCUGCAGGACGUAAGCUUACCAGUGGACGCAACAUCUGUUGAAAAAAUUGACUUACCAAAUGAAGAUCAGACUCAUGUAGCUUUUGAAGAAAAUAAUCUGUUACAGCUGAACGACAUAGAUCCUUUUACUCAAAAGGGUGAACGAUAUCAAUGCAUUGUAAUGAUCAUAGGAAUACCAGAUAAACAACAUUGGUGCUAUCGUGCUUGUCGCACAUGCUCAUCAAAAAUGAUUUCAACAUCUGAUGGAUUCCAGUGUACAAAAGAUGGAGGUUGCCCUUCAAAACAAUUUGAAUGGGAGUACAAAAUACCAUUUAUAGUUGCAGACAACACAUUUAGUCUUGAGUUUAUGAUGUUCGAAAGAAGAGCUACUGAACUUAUUGGUAAGAGUACUGAAACAUUAAGGAAAUACAAUGAUCCAGAUAUAAUUCCAAGCGACAUUUCACAAUGGAUUGGCCACAAAUUCACAUUGGUCGUAAGGAUUCUACAUAAAAAGAGUAUGAGGACUGAACAUCCAUCAUUUGAGGUCCUGUUGAUAAAAGAACGCCAUGGAAAGCAGGAAGUACUCCCAUUAUUAACCACUCAAUCAUGUGCACAAGGAUCAGGAACAUCAUCAGCUUUGGUUCCAACCAAGGAUCUACCUGAUCUAAUGACUAUAUCUUCUAAAACACCAACAGAUCAGGAACUUGCAAUGCUAACUCAAUCCAUAGCAGAAUUUGAUGAUAUGGACAUUGAUAAGUCACCAGGAAAUUGGGAUGACACACUAGCUGCAACUAAAAGAAGGCCUUAUGAUGAUAUUGAGGAUGAUGACAAAAAUCAUGUCUUUAAGAAAGGCAAGAAAUCUGAUAUGCAGCCAUCAACCAAGUAAAAAAUUACAAUAGAUAUUGGCCAUGCAACAACUAUUUUGAUGCUUACUUCAAAACCAUCUUUUGUCGCUUCCUGUGUCCCAGCCAAACACACCAAUAUCCAUACUGCUUUUGUGACAAACACAACUAUAUUCACAAUGCUUUGGAAGUGGCUCUUCUUUUGGUGUAUAUAAUGCCAUCUUCUUACUCUGUUUUUUCACAAGUUGGGUUAUGUGAUAGUUCAAACACUAAAUAUCCCUCUUGUGAAUAUAUUUAUAUAUUGUGUGUCGAACCAUGAACUAAUAUGAACAUUUAUGUAUAUAUAUCCCUAUUCAACUUCUUUGUCAUGUCUACAAUGUAUAAAUGAGUUUCCGAUGGUUUAAGGACACUAUGUGCUUCACUGUUUUGGUAAA